AUGACCUUCUUCAACGGGUCCAUGGCGGCAGCAACAUCCUCCACUCGACAAGGGUCUUCAAGUCGACGUGUAUCACCUGUCAAACCACAAGAUGUAGAAGAUGACCUUGUUAGUCGAUCAAGUAGCCCGCGGAUCAUCGACAGGAAGGGCAAAGGAAAGGAGAGGAUGGUCGAGUUUGCACUUGAGCCUACAGCUGUAAACGAUAAAUUGGAAGGAGGGUCAGAGGAUGAUGAAAGGGAGUUUAGGGAUGCUUCGGAUACUGAGGAUGAAGAUGAGGACGAAGAGAACUAUGAAGCCGAACGACAACGGCGUAUACGUGAGAAUCAACUCAUUCUGGCUGAAUUGGGUAUUGAACCCAGUGGAUCGAACAGCAAUAUCGCAGGACCAUCAUCAUCAUCAUCGAAUAUCAAACAAAAUGCUAACUCUUCCCCUCAACCUCAUGCCACAUCAAGUAGGAAACGAAGGAAUGCAGGUGAUAUACCAAUAUACGAUAGAUCAGGAUACAUAUUGUCUCUUCCUCCAAAAGGUCAAACUCAUACUAUGACAUGUAUAGAGAUACCGAGUGAUCGUAAAUUGAAGAAGAGGAUAUUGGAUGGCGAAUAUACGGAUUGUUCACAUUGGAUGGAAGGAGAAGCGAGAAGGUGGAAAUUUGGUUUUGGCAAAGGUGGAGAUAAUUUACCUGAAAAUGAACCGGAAGACUUAGUUGGAGUAACGAAAGAGUUCAGAUGGAGAAGGUGGAGAGGAUUAGAGAGGGAAUUAAGACGUGAGAUGAAGCAAAGAGGCGAAUUGGUUGAAAUGGAUGCUAGACCAGUAGAAAGGGUUAUACCUGAAGGUGUAUCUGCUUAUUCUCUCAUUCCUGGUGAAUCAUGCCAUCAGUGUCGAAGGAAAUCAGAUAAACCGAAGAUGAAGUGUAGGAAUGUCAAUCCGAUAUGUAGAGCUACAUUCUGCGAGACCUGCUGUAAGAGAUACAGCUAUUUCGAUUUUGACGAAGAAUCCCGAUCGUUCAUCUGUCCUCUUUGCAAAGAUUGCUGCAAUUGCUCCAACUGUAUAAGAAAGAAAAAUCUUGCUCAUCUACUGGGCGCAUCAAAAGGAAAAAUCCAGAGAAAGUCGUUAAAAUACGCCAUGGGAGCAGACGCAGGAGAUCAACUGAGUGUACAAGCUUGGUUGGAAAAAGCUGUCAAGGAUGUUUCCAAGGCGCCCUUCGAUCUGAUCAGAAUAGUAGAUCAGGAUAAAGAUAUCAUAUCGCCUGAAACACCACUAGUUGAGGAAGAAGAGAUAGGUGAAACGAUUGUUGUGGAGAAACCGAAGGCGAAAAGAGCGAGGAUGAAUCAGCCUUUCUCAUCUAUCGAAAAAAAAGUUAAAGUACAUCCGCCGAUGGUCAGGCAAGACGAUGAUGGAGUUGAUAAACCAAAAGCUAAAAGAGGUAGAAAGAAGAAAGUCGUGGAUGCGAAUGAGGAAGAGAUCAUCAACAAUCUACCGGAGAGAAAACAAGUAAAGACGAAUACUAAGAACCUUAUCGUCAAACUCAAAAUACCUAGACUUGUUGCAAACGACAUGAGCAUGAGACCGGUGGCUCACGCAGAAAGGGUGAAAGAAGUUGACUCAGAUGGGGAUACGGUCGGCGAUUGGUCGGAUGAUGAGGCUAUCGAUGGAAACGAUGAUUCACCUCUCACCUCGUUAUCUUCUUUACCUUCCGAAUCACCUCGUCCACCACCGAGACUUCCUUUCCCACCUCGACCCAUCUACGCUCCAAUAAUGAACGUGAACACCGAUGGAUACCUAUCGAGCUUACCUGGUGUGGUUCAGGAUCAACCUUUCGCGCAACCUACUGCGAAUUCUUCAGAUGUGGUAAUUAGCUCCCCGACGAGAGAAAAUACAGCUGGGCUUGUGUCCCCAUUACACAGCCGAUCUUCCCCUGAGAAUGGCGAUGAGCAUUCUCAUCCUAGGAAACGUAAACGACCGCCACCCAGAGCCAACAUCCUUCGACCACCUAGACACAGUUCGUUCUCGACUUCACAAUCUAGUCCACCGGGUACUCACGAUGAGCUAGAUCAUGCUCCACCGCCAAUUCUAUCAAUCGAUAAUGGUGGACCGAGGAAUUUAACCGGUGAUGGAAGUAUGCAAUCGGCUGCACCCCAAUUACUGUCAGCGACAUCGAGUCAAUCGCAACGGAUCGACAUCGGUCCACCACCGCUACUAUCGUCAAUGUCGACGCUCACUCCCUCUUCAAACCAUCAAAUGGGUUAUUGGCAAUCUCGCUCUGUUCAAGGGUUUGAUCAGACUUUAUACCCUCAACAGCAACUUCCCUCCAUAUCACCUUCCUCAUCUUUCCUUCCUAUCGACUAUUCCUCAUCUUACAAUACCUAUGCCUCUUUGUACAACGGUUCAGGUUCAGAAUCGAAUUACUUGGGUAAUAUGGGAUUAGGUGGACCACCACCUUACUCUCAUUCUCCGCCUUCAGGAUCAGGUAGAAGGUCCUUGGUGUUAAGUUCCAAUACUGAAAGACAAUAUCUAAGAAUGAAUAAUCAUACUUCCAGUAGUGUGAAUGAACCUCGAACUAUCUCACCCAACUCUCUAACAUUGCCUCUACCGAAUAUAAAAGGAAAACCUAUGAAUGUGGGAUCGAAUCUGAGUUACCUUGGUGUACUUAGUACCGCCGCGGAGAUCAAGGAGGAUGGUAAUUUCGAUAAUAGUAAGAAUAAUAGCAAACAGACAGAAUGA